CCUUGACGUUUCUAUGAUGAAGCGGUACCGACUUAGACAGUUAUGUACCCCAGCGAAUAAAUGGAUGCGAUCGAUCGUCUGUAGAAACAUGCGCAUUUACUGAAGAAUCCUGACCAGAAUCUAUGUAUUGGUGAAUGUGGAUCGAUUGUAUAUGGCACCAUUAUAGAAAUAGGCGAAGAAAAGUCACCAAAUGUCACCAGAGAUGUUUUAAUUUUACGUUCGUAGCAUUAGUCUCAUCGUACGACGUCUGGUCUCCGUCCUCGCUAUACAUAAAGAGAAAAUGUUGUUGAGUUUGUAUGAGAUUGCCAGUGUGAAAUGACCAGAUAGAAAAAAUGUUUCAAAUUAUAUUUGUUGUAUGUAUGAUAGGCUGUGUAACUGAUUCUGUACUGGGUUUAAGUCCACCGUAUAAAUGUCAUUCCACAUAUUAUACUGAUCCUAAAUGUAUUGAUCACCCAGAUGGCUAUGGAUGUGAAUGUGGACCAGGAUUUCACUGGAAUACCUAUAUGUGCAUGUCAUCUGCUAUUGACUCAAGGUUCGAAUUCAAAGCAGUUGAUCCACCAAGAUAUACCUUGCUGUUGAAUAAAGCUUUUCCUAAAUUAAAAGAUUUUACCAUAUCUUUCUGGAUUAAUGUCAGCAAUCCUGUUCUCCCUGGAACCAUCUUAUCCUAUUCUCAUAGUACGGAAAACUUAGUUCGUAUGAUGAGUGGACCAACUUUACGGUUUGAAGUUUUUAACCGAAUGAAAGAUACAAAUAUUAAACUAAUACCACAUCAAUGGUACCAUGUCACAUGGACUUGGACGUCUACAGAUGGCAGAUGGGUUUUCUACAUCAAUGGUGAUCAACGUCAGAGUGGAUAUCUAAAUCGGACAUUGAAGCCUAUACCGUCUGGUGGUCAAGUUGUUUUAGGCCAGUCACAACCAUUUGAAAUAGCAACUGCCUUGGAUGGAGAUCUCUCUCAUCUCAACAUCUGGAACUAUGCUAUGGAGAAAGAGGAAGUUAGAAAUAUAACUAAAUCUUGUAAUUUUAUGUACUGUGGAAAUGCUGUUCAGUGGGUAGAAUUUCGAAGUGGUACACGAGGGGCAAUGAAGAUUAGAUGGCCAUCUGGAAUUUUUACUGAUCAGUGUUUUACAGAGAAAACUGCUGCUAUUUCUUGUGAUACGUUCUGUAGUGAUCUGAUAGGUGCACAAUGUAAUGAAGAAAUCAAAGAAAACAUUAAAUGGAAUAGAACAAAAGCUGAAAUGAAUAUUAGUGUUGACUGUCCAAGACAGGGUGAUAACUCAACCGGUCAUGCUGUAAGGGUGUGUAAAUUAAGAGAGAAUGCUAAUGAUGGAAUAUGGGCGGAACCAUUAAUUGAUGGCUGUAUAUCAGAUCGCUUGUUAGAGAUCAAGAAUAAGUUUCGAAGUAUUGGUCAAGAUGAUAUGAAUGAGAUUAUGAUACUACAAUUAGCUGAUGAACUGUUAAAUCAUACAGAGAAUAAUAGUUAUACCAAUCCUAUAGAUAUAGCAACUGUUAUAGAUUUAUUACAAAUCAUGGUCAAAACACAGGGUGUAGCACCAAAAACAAUUACAUGGCAAGAUGGUGGUAUCAAGUUUGCUAGUGCCAAAGAAGUUUAUCCUACAUUUGAACAAACCAAAACUUUCAGUCAGAUCCUGGGCACCAUUAUAGAUAAUCUUUUGAGUUCAAAAAAUGAUGCAGGAUGGAAUGCUACUCAACCUGCUGGAGUAGAGGGAGAUAACCUUCUAGUGGUUAUGCAUUUGUUUGCAGACGUAAUAUCCCGUAGUCUUGUAUAUCAUGUAAUAGAUGGACUUGUCAGCUAUAAAGAUGCUGUCAUCACGGUUUUUAAAGAAAAUAUAGAGUUUAAAAUAGAAACUUAUUGGAUAGAAGAGUUUUAUGGAUCAUCUUUUCCAAGUCCAGAAGAUCAGAAACAUUACAAAUUAGAUAAGAAUAACGGUUUCUUGAGGAUAAGACGUGGUGUUUUAAUGUCACAGAAUGCAUCUGAACUCCCAGUUUUUAUUGGAGUGUCCAGUUUCCGGUACAGAAAACUGGCACAGAAUGUACCAAAUAAGGUUUGGAAAGGACGUAAAGAAGAAGAUCUUGUUAAUACACCUAUAAUGGCUGUAUAUUUACAUAUUGGAGAUUUUGCUGUGAACAAUUUAUCCUCACCUAUUUUAGUAGAUCUACCUAUAAUAGAUACAUUUAAUAUAUCAAAUCCUGAAUGUGUUCGAGUUGUUCACAAACAAAGAUCUAAUGAAUGGUAUUGGUCCAAGUUAGGAUGUAGAUUGUUAUAUUUUGAUGGUAAAUCUGGUACAUGUGCUUGUCACAUACCUGGUGUAUUUUCUAUAACAACAGAUAUGUAUGAUGUUAAUUGGGAUAAAGGAGAUAAGAGACCUCACCUGAUGAAUUUUGCUUCAUAUAUUGGUUGUGCUGUUUCUGCAACAUUUUGCCUCAUGACUUUUAUUGUGCAUGUUUAUUUAAGAACAUCAUCUGCUUCUGCUGCUUUGCACAAAAAUCUCUCACUGUCUAUCAGUUGCAGUCAGGUUAUAUUUAUGUUUGGCAUUGAUAGAUAUGAUCAACCAGCUGUGUGUCAAGUGUUUGCUGUUCUUCUGCACUUUUUUUUCCUGUCUAACUACGCCUGGUUGAUGAAUGAAGCAUUCAAUUUAUAUAUUGUUAUAACAUAUUCAGCACAUAAUCAGACAGAUUUAAAUGAUUCUGGUUCCAUGUUAAGAUAUCAUAUUUUAGGAUGGGUUAUUCCUGGAAUUUUAGUUGGAGCGUUUAUAGGAACUAAUUCUGAUACCUAUUACGCUGAAGAUAUGUGUUGGAUUUCUUGGGCCCAUUUUUGGUUAUUUAUUGGUCCUGCUGUUGGAAUCAUUGCUGUUUCAACACUUGUGUUGAUUUUCACUGCUAAAGAACAUAAUGAAAAUUCUUAUACUAAAAGUGAAAAGACCAAUAAAAUCAUCAUGAUUCAUAUGAAGGGGUUGUGGACUCAAAUAAUUCUUGUCACUGUUUGCUGGGCUUUUGCCUUUAUUUCAAUCAAAAUGGUGGAUCAGAUAUUGAAAUAUAUCUAUGCUCUAUUUAACUGUUUACAGGGAGCAUUUUUCAUGGUGUUUUAUCUGUUACUUCAUGAAGAGAUUAGAGAGGUGUUUAAAAGUCAAAAGAAAAAGCAGACAUUAGUGCUACAAGGCUAUGAUUUUCCUGAUGAACAUUCCUUGGAUUCCAGUGUUUCCAGUUGUCUACUGGAUAAGGACAAAGAUUCUAGAAAAAAGUCGCAUUAUUUACGAUCUCUUAAAAAGAGAACUAACAACGAAGACGAUAAAGGGUCAGACUGUGAAAUGAUAACUUCCGUCUAAAAAGUCAAUUCAUAUAUAUUGAAAAUAUAUUAUUGGUGUAAUUAGUUUGCCAGCCUGUUUAGAAAUAUUUUUACAGAUGCUAAUUAUCUCUGUGUAAUUAAUGAAUGUAUUAGAUAAUUGUGUUUGUUGAAAGUAGAUUAGUUUGAAUAUCUGUGAUUUAAUCUAUUUAUUAUAAGACAUUUUGAUGUAAAUAAAUAGUUACGUACUGGAGAAGAAUUAUUUGGACAAUUUCAUAAACAGUAGUAGUACUGUUGUACAUCAUGGUGAUUGAUUUUGUGAGAUUUUCCAAUCGCCUAACUUGAGACCAAAUCUUGUGAGAUUU